AUGGCCUUCACAGACCUGCUGGAUGCUCUGGGCGGCAUGGGCCGCUUCCAGCUCAUCCACAUGGCCCUGCUGCUGCUGCCCUGCGGCCUGCUGGCCUGCCACGACUUCCUGCAGAACUUCACGGCUGCUGUCCCCCCCCACCACUGCCGGGGCCCUGCCAACCACGCUGAGGCCUCCACCAACGACUCGGGGGCCUGGCUGAGGGCCACCAUACCUCUGGACCAGCUUGGGGCCCCUGAGCCCUGCCGGCGCUUCACCAAGCCUCAGUGGGCCCUGGGGAGCCCCAACUCCUCCGUCCCGGGCGCGGACACGGAGGGCUGCAAGGACGGCUGGGUUUAUAACCGCAGUGUUUUCCCAUCCACCAUCGUGAUGGAGUGGGAUCUGGUGUGUGAGGCCCGCACUCUCCGAGACCUGGCGCAGUCCGUCUACAUGGCCGGGGUGCUGGUGGGGGCUGCCGUGUUUGGCAGCCUGGCAGACAGGCUGGGCCGCAAGGGCCCCCUGGUCUGGUCCUACCUGCAGCUGGCAGCUUCGGGGGCCGCCGCAGCGUAUUUCAGCUCCUUCAGUGCCUACUGCGUCUUCCGGUUCCUGAUGGGCAUGACCUUCUCUGGCAUCAUCCUCAACUCCCUCUCCCUGGUUGUGGAGUGGAUGCCCACCCGGGGUCGGACUGUGGCGGGUAUCUUCCUGGGGUAUUCCUUCACCCUGGGCCAGCUCAUCCUGGCUGGGGUAGCCUACCUGAUUCGCCCCUGGCGGUGCCUGCAGUUUGCCGUCUCUGCUCCUUUCCUGAUCUUUUUCCUUUAUUCUUGGUGGCUUACAGAGUCAUCCCGCUGGCUCCUCCUGCAUGGCAAGUCCCAGUUAGCUGUACAGAAUCUGCAGAAGGUGGCUGCAAUGAACGGGAGGAAGGAGGAAGGGGAAAGGCUGACCAAGGAGGUGGUGAGCUCCUACAUCCAAAGCGAGUUUGCAAGUGUCCGCACCUCCAACUCAACCUUGGACCUCUUCCGAACCCCGGCCAUCCGCAAGGUCACGUGCUGUCUCAUGGUGAUUUGGUUCUCCAACUCUGUGGCUUACUAUGGCCUGGCCAUGGAGCUGCAGAAGUUUGGGCUCAGCCUAUACCUGGUGCAGGCCCUGUUUGGAAUCGUCGACAUCCCGGCCAUGCUGGUGGCCACCGCCACCAUGAUUUACGUGGGCCGCCGGGCCACAGUGGCCUCCUUCCUCAUCCUGGCCGGGCUCAUGGUGAUCGCCAACAUGUUUGUGCCAGAAGGCAUGCAGAUCCUGCGCACAGCCCAGGCAGCGCUGGGCAAAGGCUGCCUGGCCAGCUCCUUCAUCUGUGUGUACCUGUUUACCGGCGAGCUGUACCCCACGGAGAUCAGGCAGAUGGGGAUGGGCUUUGCCUCGGUCCAUGCCCGCCUCGGAGGCCUGGCGGCGCCCCUGGUUACCACACUUGGGGAAUACAGCACCAUCCUGCCACCCGUGAGCUUUGGGACCACCGCAAUCCUUGCAGGGCUGGCCGUCUGCUUCCUGACCGAGACCCGCAACGCGCCCCUGGUGGAGACCAUCGCGGCCAUGGAGAGCAGGGUCAAAGAAGGCUCUUCCAAGAAACAUGUAGAAGAGAAGAGUGAAGAAAUUUCUCUUCAGCAGCUGAGAGCAUCUCCCCUCAAAGAAACCAUCUAAGCUGCCUGGAG